AGGCGUCCAGCCUUUGUUCAUCACAGCAAUGAUCACACCACAAUCUCGUCUUCGGAAUGCUGUCGACACGCAAAUUAAAUGCGCUCGGCUUCAUAUACUAUGGCAGAUGUUGCAACAACAAUCAGGCAUCGCCAAACAAGUGCCUUGGCGACGUUUAGUUUGCGGUCUUGGCUCUCUAGUACGCCGUGUACGCGCUAAUUGGGACAACAUACGUCGUAUUUUAAUGGCAGAGAACCCGUUUGAGAACACAUUUAGAAUGAGUUAUUCAAAGUUUAUAAUUUUACCAUGCAGACGUAAUAAGAAAAUAUAAAUGUUACGAGGAGGCGCAAUAGAUGUAGAUGACAAUUGGCCAUAUUUCUACGUAUGGCAGCGGGUGGAAGGUAUCAAGGCAUAAAAAUCGCAUUUGGUAUAUCAAGUGCGAGUGUUUAUGCGUCUUUCUGGCGAGUGUUAGAUGCAAUUGAUGGGCUUGACUGGAUGAAAUUUCGAUUUUCCUCAUCUGAAGAAGAAAUAGUUCAAAUAUCUCAAGGAUUUGAAGACCAUUCAACACAUGGAGUGAUGAAUCGUUGUGUAGGUGCCGCUGAUGGUGUUCGUGUACUGUUUCCUACACUUAAACAAUGUCCCUAUAGACGACGUUUGUAUUCAGGCCAUAAGACAGGGUAUGGCCUGAAUGCACAAGCGAUUUUUGAUUCAAACUACAAAUUCUUUGCAUUCUCCAUCAUGGCGUACGGUUCAAUGCACGAUAGUCGUGCAUGGGAAUAUUCUAAAUUUAUGAAACUUC